AUGGCGACCAAGAAGAGCGUGGGGUCACUGAAGGAAGCCGAUCUGAAGGGGAAAAGGGUUUUCGUGAGGGUUGAUCUGAACGUGCCCUUGGACGAUAACUUCAACAUCACCGAUGAUACCAGGAUUAGGGCCGCCGUCCCAACUAUCAAGUACUUGAUCGGCUAUGGAGCUAGGGUCAUCCUCUCCAGCCACCUCGGGCGUCCCAAAGGAGUCACACCAAAGUACAGUUUGAAGCCUCUGGUUCCUAGGCUUUCUGAGCUUCUCGGAGUUGAGGUAGUCAAAAUGGCCAAUGAUUGUAUUGGGGAAGAGGUUGAGAAGCUGGUGGCUGGCUUAUCAGAUGGCGGUGUUCUUCUCUUGGAAAAUGUCAGGUUUUACAAAGAAGAGGAGAAGAAUGAUCCCGAAUUUGCCAAAAAGCUUGCAUCCCUCGCGGACUUAUAUGUUAAUGAUGCAUUUGGAACUGCACAUAGAGCUCAUGCCUCGACUGAGGGUGUUGCCAAGUACUUGAAGCCUUCUGUCGCUGGGUUCCUUAUGCAGAAGGAGCUUGAUUAUUUAGUUGGCGCUGUGUCGAAUCCCAAAAAACCAUUUGCUGCAAUUGUUGGCGGCUCAAAAGUGUCCAGCAAAAUCGGUGUUAUCGAGUCUCUGUUGGAGAAAGUUGACCUUCUCUUACUUGGUGGAGGGAUGAUCUUCACAUUCUACAAAGCCCAGGGGCAUUCUGUGGGGUCCUCACUUGUGGAGGAGGAUAAACUUGACCUGGCGAACUCACUUAUGGAGAAAGCGAAAGCUAAGGGCGUGAAUCUUCUGCUGCCUUCUGAUGUUGUUAUAGCUGACAAGUUUGCAGCUGAUGCAAAUAGCAAGAUUGUUCAAGCAUCUGCGAUUCCUGAUGGCUGGAUGGGCUUGGAUAUUGGUCCCGACAGUAUCAAAUCAUUUGGCGAAGCUUUGGAUACUACCAAGACCAUAAUCUGGAAUGGACCCAUGGGUGUGUUUGAGUUUGAUAAGUUUGCAGCGGGAACAGAGGCAAUAGCCAAGAAAUUGGCAGAGCUCGGUGGCAAGGGUGUGACAACUAUCAUUGGAGGAGGGGACUCUGUUGCUGCUGUCGAGAAGGUUGGGCUUGCGGACAAGAUGAGCCAUAUCUCGACUGGAGGAGGUGCCAGCCUGGAACUUCUCGAGGGCAAAACACUUCCUGGUGUUCUUGCUCUUGAUGAAGCUUGA